UGGUGUCUGCAGUUUGCCGGGUUGACUCGCAGACUCCGCCUGGCAGGGAGGAGGCGGGGCUUUUGCCUGGCUAAGGUGGGCGCGCACACCCCGGGCCCAGGCAUAACUUUACGUUACCGGUUUUCGCGCUCUGUUUAAGUCAUUUGGAAGUGUAGCCAACGGGACCGUUUUCUCGUUCCGUUUAGUAAAACAUCUUCACUUUGGUUAUACAAGCUUAGGUUUCAGGGCGGUGACUCUGUCAUGCCGAACUCUCGGCCCAGGCCCCGCCGGGGUGCCCGGAGUGGCGCCGGGGCAGUCGGGCGCGACCGGCUGGUGUCGCGGUCCUUGCAGAGCGCAGAACACUGCCUGAGCGCCCAGGACUUUGGCACCGCCUAUGCCCACUACCUCCUUGUACUCAGCCUGGCGCCGGAGCUGAAAGAGGACGUGAAGGAAACUUUUCAGUAUACACUGUUCAGAUGGGCUGAAGAGCUCGAUGCUCUCAGUCGAACACAAGACUUACUUGGUUGUUAUGAGCAGGCUUUGGAACUGUUUCCUGAUGAUGAAGUGAUUUGCAAUAGUAUGGGGGAACACCUCUUCAGAAUGGGCUUUAGAGAUGAAGCAGCUGGGUAUUUUCAUAAAGCAGUGAAACUAAACCCAGAUUUCAAUGAUGCAAAGGAGAAUUUUUAUCGUGUUGCAAACUGGUUGGUGGAACGCUGGCACUUUAUCAUGCUUAAUGACACCAAACGGAAUACAAUUUAUAAUGCAGCAAUCCAGGAUGCAGUUUGUUUGGGGUCCAAGAGUGUUUUGGACAUUGGAGCAGGAACUGGAAUACUAAGCAUGUUUGCUAAAAAAGCUGGAGCACACUCAGUAUAUGCUUGUGAGUUAUCCAAGACCAUGUAUGAACUUGCCUGUGAUGUAGUAGCAGCAAACAAGAUGGAAGCAGGAAUCAAACUCUUACAUAUGAAGUCACUUGACAUAGAGAUUCCAAAACACAUUCCUGAAAGAGUGUCCCUAGUUGUAACAGAAACUGUCGAUGCAGGUUUAUUUGGAGAAGGAAUUGUGGAGAGUUUAAUUCAUGCAUGGGAGCAUUUACUUUUGCAGCCAAAGACCAGAGGUGAAAAUGGUAAUUGUGAAAAGUAUGGGAAAGUUAUACCAGCAAGUGCUGUUCUAUAUGGAAUGGCAGUAGAAUGUGCAGAAAUAAGAAGACAUCAUAGGGUGUGUACUAAGGAUGUUGCUGGGAUCUGUUUACCAACAAAUGUGAAAUUUCAGAGUCCAGCUUGUUCUUCUGUGGAUACUGAAGAGACAGUGGAACCAUAUACAACUGAAAAGAUGAGUCGAGUUCCUGGGGGAUAUUUGGCUUUGACAGAGUGCUUUGAAAUUAUGACAGUAGAUUUCAACAAUCUUCAGGAAUUAAAAAGUCUUGCAACUAAAAAAUCUGGUAAAAUUGGUAUUCCUGUGAUUAAAGAAGGCAUACUAGAUGCUAUUGUGGUUUGGUUUGUACUCCAGCUUGAUGAUGAACACAGUUUAUCCACAAGUCCUAGUGAGGAAACAUGUUGGGAACAGGCUGUCUACCCCGUCCAUGACCUUGCAGACUACUGGAUAAAAUCUGGGGACCAGGUGAUGAUGGAAGUGUCUUGUCAAGAUUGUUACUUAAGAAUCCAGAAUAUCAGUGUUUUCAGUUCAGAACAUGAAAUGGAUGUUGGAAAAGAUUUUUGCAAGGAUAAAGACUUGUUCUCCUUAGGAAGUGAAGCUGAACUCUGUAGUGCCCUGGCUAACCUUCAGACCAGCAAACCAGAUGCUAUGGAGCAGACAUGUAUAUUGGAAUCCACAGAAAUUGCUUUGCUUAAUAACAACCUCUAUCAUGAAAGCUUUAAAAUGGCAAUGAGAAAAGUGUUGUCUUCCUUGACUCCAGAGAAACUGUGUCAGGCCAUGGAUACUCACUGCCAGAAUAACGAGAUGAGCUGUGGAAGUGGACAGAGUAAUUCAGAAGAGAGCAUCCCUGAACCAUUCUAUGUGUUAGAUGUUUCCGAAGGCUUCUCCAUUCUGCCCAUAAUUGCUGGCACACUUGGGCAGGUUAAACCUUACAGUUCUGUGGAGAAAGACCAACAUCGUAUAACUCUGGACCUCAUAUCUGAAGCCAAUCACUUUCCUAAAGAAACACUUGAGUUUUGGCUGAGACAUGUGGAAGAUGAAUCUGCUGUGUUGCAAAGGCCAAAAUCAGACAAGUUGUGGAGUAUAAUUAUACUGGAUGUCAUUGAGCCAUCUGGGCUCAUUCAGCAGGAAAUAAUGGAAAAAGCUGCAAUAUCCAGGUGUUUGCUGCAAUCUGGAGGCAAGAUCUUUCCUCAAUAUGUGUUGAUGUUUGGGUUGCUUGUGGAAUCACAGACACUGGUAGAAGAGAGUGCUGUUCAAGGAACAGAACGCACUCUUGGAUUGAAUAUAGCACCUUUUAUUAAUCAGUUUCAGGUACCUAUACGUGUAUUUUUGGAUCUGUCCUCAUUGCCCUGUAUACCUUUAAGCAAGCCAGUGGAACUCUUAAGACUAGAUUUAAUGACUCCAUAUUUGAACACCUCUAACAGAGAAGUAAAGGUACAGAUUUGUAAAUCUGGACAAGUGACUGCCAUUCCCUUUUGGUAUCAUAUGUACCUUGAUGACGAGAUUAGGUUGGAUACUUCAAGUGAAGCCUCCCACUGGAAACAAGCUGCAGUUGUAUUAGAUAAUCCCAUCCAGGUGGAAAUGGGAGAAGAAUUAGUACUCAGUGUCCAGCAUCACAAAAGCAAUGUCAGCAUCACAGUAAAACAAUGAAGAGUAGUUUUCUAAUGAAAAACUGUUCAGGCAGAGCAGCAAGUGUGCAGUUCUGGUCUGAAUUAGUAGUGGAAUUGUAUUCAUGAAAUGGGGGUAUAAAGAUUUAAUUCCUUGUAAUGGUUAAAUAUUUUUUAAAUUGAUUAAUAAAGUAUAUUUAAAAGA